AUGGGGGAAAAGGCCAGUGGCAUUGAAAUCUUGGAUGAUGAUAAAAGUUGUUCAAGCUCAUUUUCAAUCGGGAAGAGUGCACAAGAGAGGGGCUUGUCAUAUGUACCCGAGUGCUAUGUAAUUCCAACUUCACAUCGUCCAAGUUUGACUCCAGACGUCGCCAAUGUCCCCAUUAUUGAUUUUGGCAAAUUGAAACAAGGUUCUCAUGAACGAGCAAUAGUUAUCCAAGAAAUCAGAACAGCUUGUCGUCAACUAGGAUUCUUUCAGAUUGUCAACCAUGGAAUCUGUCAAUCGGUGUUAGAUGAGGCUCUUGCUUCGGCCUCGGAAAUUUUCAAGUUGCCAGGUUCUGAGAAGGCCAAGUUCAUGUCUGAUGAUGUUCACAAGCCAGUGAGGUAUGGGACAAGCUUCAAGGAUGGAACUGAUAAGAUUCAAUUUUGGGGGGUGUUUCUCAAGCAUUAUGCUCACCCCUUGGCAGAUUGGAUCAAUACCUGGCCUGACAAUCCAUCUAACUAUAGGGAAACCAUGGGAAAGUAUUGCAAAGAAGUGAAGAAACUAAGCUUUGAGAUAACGGAAGCCAUCACUGAGAGCUUGGGGAUAGGCCCAACCUACAUGAGCAACAAACUGGAAGAUGGGUUGCAAGUCAUUACAGUCAACUGUUACCCACCAUGCCCAAAUCCUGAAAUUGCACUAGGGUUGCCUCCUCAUUCAGAAUAUAGCUGCUUAACCAUUGUCCUUCAGAGCUGUCCGGGGCUCGAAAUCAUGCACGCUGAGGAAGGAGCCUGGAAACAAGUCCCCCAACUUCAUGGUGCCCUACAAGUCCAUGGGGGUGACCAUUUUGAGGUGCUAAGCAAUGGGUUGUACAAGAGCGUUGUGCAAAGGACCACAUUGAUCCGUGAGAGGACAAGAAUCUCCAUUGCAAGUCUGCAUAGUUUGGGAUUGGAUGAGAAGAUGGGAGCUGCCAAAGAGCUUGUGGAUGAGGAGCAUCCUGGGAGGUACAAAGAGAGCAGCUUCAAAGAUUUUCUGAAUUUUCCCUCCACCAAUGAUCUAAAAGAGGGGAAGAGCUUCAUUAACACACUCAAAAUAUAGAAAAAUAACAAUUUCAAGCCUUAAUCUAGCUCUAUAGUGAGUGCUCUUUUUUGUCUGUUGAUUUUAGUUAUUUUCUCAGUUUUUGGAAAAGACUACUUCGUAGUUUUUUUUUUUUUUGGACCAAAUUAAGAGUCUCUAAUUAUCUCGGAGAAGGGUAAGCAGACUGAAGGGCAAAGUUAGCAGCUUAGAUUAAGAUUAGUGAUAUAAGGUAUAUAACAUAAUCGGUAAUUACGAUGCAAAAUUUGACGUACUUAACUGAUCCUACAUCUAAAUUGGGUAUAAAGAGGUGCUGAAAUUGAGGGAGCAUAUAUCCAAAUAAAGUGCAUUUUAGUUUUUAAUUACAUUGGUUACUGCUACAAGGUCCACCAUAUCUAUGUGGAAUGGAUGUGCAUGUGGAAUUAAUAGAAAGGACAUGAGAAUAUUUAUUGCAGAGUCAAAAUAAUGAUCCAAAAAACUAGUUCUGAUCCAAAAUCUUAGCCGUUUUCCUUGACCUCGGUAUUUCUUUUGCUCUCUCUCUCUCUCUCUCUCUCUCUCUCUCUCUCUCUCACUUCACACUUUAUACUCCAAUCAACAUCCAACAAACACAUACACAACCUUUCAA